CAGCCAGCGCGUUAAGUUGUAAGCUGUAAACGGCGCGUACAGCAUUUUGUUAAAGCUAAAUAACGUCAAGCGUUUCGUUAACGUCGUACUUCCCCUAUGCGUAACAAGAUUUAGUAGUUGGAAUGCUAAGCGUUAAAUAUAUGCCAGCAUUUCGCAUUGGCUGUUAAACGUUGCUGAAACUUCGUCGUGUGCACGUCAUUGACGCUCCGUCCGGCUUCGUUUAUACGAAAUAUACGAUAACAGAUAACGCCGUGCCGCAAACUCAAAGCUGGGCACACUCUUCACUCAAAGGUCCUGCUGGGCCCCUAAGUGCAAUGCAAAUGUGCGCGCUGAACAACAUCAAUCAUUUAUUUUAACGCGAUAAAAAGUUGCACAUAACAAGUGUUGAACCCACAAAAAAAUACAAAUAAAAAACCCCAAAAAAGUUCAGUUGAUUCACCAGCAACAACAACAACAACAUCCAUAAAAAUGGCAGAUCGCUUUCAGAUCUCAAAGGUUAAUGGCAGUGCCAAUGUCAAUGCCGCCUUCGACGCGGAACCCGGUUGCGCCAACAACAAUGCAGCCUCUGCGGAGCACCCCCCAAAUGGUCCCGCCACAAUUGUUGCAGACGGCGGCCACGCCCACGACAAUCAUCUGCAGCCCAAAGCAGCAGAGGGCGGCGAGAAUCGUCGCACCUCGCGCCUGUCCUUUCGCGGCUUUGGCCAAUUCCUGCGCAAAUCCGACGCCGAGCGCAAGUUCAGCCUGGCGCAGCUAACCAAGGAAUCGCUGCCGCGCUUGGAUAACUAUCGCAUCUCUAUGCGAAACUUGAAACGACCCUCAAUUGGCGAACUUCAGGGCGAGGCAGCAGAUCAGAGCAUCACGAUACCAGAUGCUGCGGAGCCGGAACCAACUGGUGGUAACAUCAAGCUGGGAUGGAUUGUCGGCGUGCUCAUACCAUGCCUGCUCAACAUUUGGGGCGUUAUGCUCUUCCUGCGCCUCAGCUGGGUGGUCGCCGAGUCCGGCAUUAUGUGGUCGUUAAUUAUAAUCGCCAUCUCGACGGUGGUCUGCGUCAUAACCACGCUCUCGUUGUCGGCCAUUAGUACGAACGGGGAGGUGAAGGGUGGCGGCGUCUAUUUCAUUAUAUCCCGCUCGCUGGGCCCGGAAUUUGGCGCCUCCGUCGGAGUUGUUUUUGCGUUCGCCAACGCGGUCUCCGCCUCAAUGAACACAAUUGGUUUCUGCGAAUCGCUAAAUGUGCUGCUGAAGAACAACGGGCUAAUUAUCGUGGACAACGGCAUCAACGAUAUUCGCAUUGUAGGCUCCAUUACGGUCCUGGUCUUGAUCCUGAUCUGCUGCGUGGGCAUGGAAUGGGAGACCAAGGCGCAGAAUUUCCUCAUCGUCACCAUCGUCCUGGCCAUAUUUAAUUUCCUGAUUGGCGCUGCGAUCGGACCGCGCGACGACGAAACGCUUAUAUCCAAGGGAUUUGUGGGCUUCUCCUGGUCCACCUUUAAGGAGAACUUUGUCUCGGACUAUCGCUACGCCGAGGGCGUUAACCACGACUUCUUCAGCGUGUUUGCCAUCUUCUUUCCGAGCGUGACGGGCAUCCAGGCGGGCGCCAACAUCUGCGGCGACCUCAAGGAUGCUGGCGCUGCCAUACCGAAGGGCACAUUCUGGGCCCUACUCAUUUCCAUGACAUCCUAUGCAUUGUUUGUGCUGUUCGCGGGCGGCGCGGCAGUGCGCGAUGCCUCCGGCUUUCCCCAGGACCUGGUCAAUGGCAGCAUUGUGCCCUCGGAGCUGCCCUGCAUGCACGACGGCAGCUGCACCUGGGGUCUCUUCAACUCCUACGAGAUGAUGCAACUGAUGUCGCUCUGGGGGCCGCUCAUCUAUGCCGGCUGCUUUGCGGCCACGCUGAGCACGGCUCUAACGAAUUUGUUGUCUGUGCCGCGACUGGUUCAGGCUCUGGGCAUCGAUCAGAUCUAUCCGGGUCUCAUUUACUUCUCGAAGCCCUACGGCAAACAUGGCGAGCCCUAUCGCGGCUAUGUGCUGACCUAUUUCAUCUCGACGAGCUUCCUGCUGAUUGGCGAACUGAAUCUAAUAGCGCCGCUCAUCUCCACCUUCUACCUGGCCUCGUAUGCCCUCAUCAACUUUUGUACGUUUCACGCGGCCUUCGUCAAGCCCCUCGGCUGGCGUCCCACCUUCAAGUACUACAACGCCUGGAUAAGUCUGUUCGGGUUUGCGAUGUGCGUGGCCAUCAUGUUCCUUAUCAAUUAUGUGGCCGCCAUUCUGACCUUCGGCAUCAUCUUUGCGCUCUAUCUGGUAGUCAUGUACCGCAAGCCGGAUGCCAACUGGGGCUCCACCACGCAGGCGCAGCAGUACAAGGCCGCCUUAAUGGCCGUGCAUCGUUUGCAGAACGUCUCGGAUCAUGUCAAGAACUAUCAUCCCCAAGUGCUAGUACUCGCCGGAGAUCCAAAAACCCGCCCGCCGCUCGUCGACUUUGGCUAUCUGCUGACCAAGAACAACUCCCUCAUGUUUGUGGGCAACAUAAUACCGGUACGCGUUGGCUAUAAGAAUCGCCUGAAUCUGCUGAAGGAUGGCCAAAAGUAUUUGGACGCGCGCAAAAUCAAAGCUUUUUACAAUGUGAUCGACGGCUUUAGCAUCGAGGAUGGGAUCAAUGCAUUGAUCAAGACCACGGGCUUUGGCAAAAUGUCGCCCAACAUUGUGCUCGUGGGCUAUAAGCCGGACUGGAACAGUUGCCGCAAGGAGGAGGUGGAGAGCUACUUUGCCAUUUUGCACAACGCCUUUUCGCAGCGCAUGGGCGUGGCAUUGCUGCGGCUGCCCAACGGCCUGGACUUCUCGGAGCUAACGCCCGAGGUGACGAUGCCCGAAGGCAACUUGGGCCACUUGCAGACGGCCAACGCCCAAGGCUUUGCCAACGAGCUGCUGCCCGCAGCGAAUGCUGCCUCCGAGCUGCUGCACAUCGACUCGAACUUGAACCUGGCCAGCAUGGAUAGCCCCAGUCCCAACGCCUCGUUCACCAUGCCACAACAGGCGCCCAUGCCCAACAUGCAGCGCGGUGCCCGCAGCUACAAAGUCAACAAUAGCGACGCCGCCGCCAUUACCUACCACACUAAAGGUGGCUCCGAGGUGCCAAAGACUAUUCUGGACGCGAUGACCAUAUUCACACGCAAACAGGCCAAGAGCACCAUCGAUGUCUUCUGGCUGUACGAUGACGGCGGUCUGACUAUUUUGCUACCCUACAUCAUCUCGAUGCGUUCGCAUUGGCAGAACUGCAAGCUGCGCGUUUUUACCAUGUGCCAUGGCAAGGACGAGGAGCAGGAGGAGAAGAGCAUGGCCAGUCUUCUGACCAAAUUCCGCAUCAAAUACUCAGAGCUAAUUAUGCUCAAGGGCGUCCAAGACCAGCCACGUCAUGAUACGAUACUCAAGCACAAACGGCUCAUCGAGCCCUUCCGUCGCAGUGCCCGCAACGAGUUUGGCAUCACAGACGAGGAGCUGCACAGCAUGGCGGAGAAGACGCAGCGGCAGCUGCGCAUCCACGAGCUGGUCGUCAAGCACUCAUCGAACGCCUCGCUGGUGGUCAUGUCCCUGCCUAUGCCGCGAAAGGAGGCAAUUUCGGCGCCGCUUUACAUGUCGUGGCUGGAAAUGCUAACGUCAGAUAUAAAGUGCCCCGUGGCGCUGGCACGCGGCAACCAGACGCCGGUGCUGACACUCUACUCUUAAGGCCAAGCCAACGUUUCCAGUUCGAGUACAAUUUAGUAUUAUUAGCGUUUAGGCGUUCAAGUUCCGCGUAGCCACCCACCUACGGAAUAUGUACUUUUUAUAUAAAACACGAAGCAACUCCUAAAACACAAUCCCCAAACACAACUUGAUAGUCCUUAGAGCGUACAUUAUAGCCAUAGCUUUUAAGUUGAUGACGAACAAUACUGCGCGUAUAUGAAUAUUGUCUAAAUAUAAUGACUAAUAAUAAACACAACUACAAUUUGUGGUAUCUAAUCCAGUUAAA